AUGACGUUGUUCAUGAAUGAGAGCUAUGCAGACCGAAGGCUUCCUCAUCAUUGCAACCCCAAAGAGUUUGUUCCAUUGGACCAUUUGGCAAAUCUUUGGGAGAUGGAGAAUCUAGGUCAAAGUUUUCAAGCCUGGUCACUAAAUCUAAUAGCCAGGAUGCAUCACUCAUUGCUUUCAGCUCCUACCCUCAAUGCUCCAUUGCUCAUGCGACACUACUUCUCUGCCCCUAGUUUCCUUGUCUCUAACGCUCCCAACAACAAGGAAUUGGUGGAGCAGUUGAUGCCAGACUACGACGAGGAGAGAGUCGAGCAAUGUUGA